CUUGGGGUGUGGUACUGCCCAGUAGUGGAGCCAGCCUACACUGGCUCAGCAGGCAGGCUUGGCAGCAGGCAGCAGCAGGCAGCAGAGUCCUUUGGGACUAGGGAGGCUGUACUUGUGGCGGACGUCUGCUGUGGGAGUAAGGCUAUGAUUCCCAUCCUGUACUUGGUUCUGCCCACCCUGGGCAUCUAUGUCAUGCUCUCCAUCCUCUUCUUGCGCCGACCUCAUCUGCUGCACACAACCUGGGCUCCUACCUUCCCUGUCCGCCUGGCUGCCCACCGUGGAGGUGAGCUGAGUCAGGGAGACGGGAGGGGUUGGCAGCCACUUGGAGUGGAGUGAGCCUAAGAAGACAGGUACCAUAGUGGGCACACAUAGUGGAGGUACAAGGUGUGAAUGAAUGCUAAAUACAGAGGUAAGGAGAGUCACGGGGUCCCGGAGGAUGUGGAACAGGGAAGGAGAGGCCAGUACAACUUGGCUGAUGGGAAGAGAGGAAGCCUGAAGCAAGUGGGAAACCAUCAGGAAGAAAGGUAGGCAGGAAGAUCAGACCAGGCCCUAGGGAUCCACCCAAACUGCCUCACACAGGGUCUGGAGAGCGACUGGAGAAUACCAUGGAGGCUAUAAAGAAGUAAGUCCAACGUGUAAGGUUGUGGGUUAGCUCCACAGGGCAGCCAAGGGUGCUAUUUAUUCACUUCCUAAUUUGGCAUCGUGCCUGAGGUGCCACAUGUCCCACCACAGAUUCUGUCCCAGUGUCUCCCCUCCACACCAUGCCCUGGUCCUUCCCUGUCUUCUUCCCCCACCCACUGUUGCUCCCAUAGUUCCAUGGCCCAGCGAGCAGAUAUCUUAGAGCUUGACUGCCAGCUCACACGGGAUGGCGUGGUGGUAGUGUCACACGACAAGAACCUGUCCCGCCAGUCAGGCCUAAAUAAGGAUGUGGACAGCCUGGACUUCAAGGAACUGCCCCUCUACAAGACAGAACUGGAGAUUUAUUUCUCCCCAGGCCAAUUUGCCCACGGGUCAGAUCGGCACAUGAUACGACUGGAGGAUGUAUUCCAGGAAUUUCCAAGGUUGCCCGCGAUUGUGGAGAUCAAAGAAAAAAAUGAAGAGCUCAUCCACAAGGUAGCCAACCUGGCUAGAAGCUUUGACCGCAGUGAGAUUACUAUCUGGGCUUCAGAGAAGAACUCGAUCAUGAAGAUGUGCAAGGCUGCCAACCCCGAGAUGCCGAUGGCCUUCACGAUAUUGAGAUCAAUAUGGAUACUGCUGCUCUACUACCUGGGGCUGCUGCCUUUUGUCUCCAUACCUGAGAAGUUUUUCUUAUGCUUCCUGCCCACCAUCAUCAACAGAACUUACUUCCCAUUUUCCUGUGGAUGGAUGAACCAACUGUCAGCUGCGGUUACAAAAUGGGUCAUCAUGAGGAAAAGUCUGAUCCAACACUUGCAGGACCGAGGGGUGCAGGUGCUAUUUUGGUGCCUUAAUGAAGAGUCGGAUUUUGAAGUGGCCUUCAACCUGGGGGCCAGUGGUGUCAUGACAGAUUUCCCCACAGCCCUGAGACGCUACCUGGACAAGAAGGAAGAACCAAGGGCCCCUGCCUCCUCAAUCUGAGGCCCUGUCCCUCUCUUUCUCUUUAAGAAAAAUAAAUAUUUUCUUGUCAGUAACAUA